AUGAUUGAGCCGAAAUGGGUUCCAUUUUCUGUAUUUCUUUCAGCGCUGCUUCAGCUGGCAGCGGGUGGCAAUCAAACCGUCUUCGUCACCGUCAGAGAUGGAGGCGAGGUCGCUCUGCCUUGUGACAACGCGAUCGACGGUCAGCAGGAAUGUGACGGAACAUCUUGGGACUUCAACGGUUUGACAAUCACACGUGGUGGAAACGCUGAGUCGGACAGACUGAGCGUUACGGGGGGCUGUUCUCUGCUCAUAAAGGAGGUCACAUGGGAGGAUGUCGGUCAUUACGUCUGUCACCGUUUGGUAUCAGAAGUCAGACAACCUCCGGGUGCGCUGGUUUCUCUGUCUGUUGUUACCAAGACUAAUCAUUACGUGUACAAAUCAAGAUACGAGUCGCUGCAGUGUGAAGUGACUGACGGUUACGAAGUGCAGCUGUUUCCCUUCAGACUUCAGCCCUCAGUCCGGUGGAGGCUGAUCAUUGUGUUGGUGGGUUUGUCAGCCCUCAUGAUAACUGUUGUGACGGUCAACCGCCCAUGGGCUUGUUGGUCUUUUGUCAGGCAUUACCUUAAAGGUGACAUAUCCUCCUCCUCAUCAAUCAGUUUAAAUAAGUCUCAGAGCUCCUCAAAACAUGUGUGUCAAGUUUCUUGUUCUAAAUCCACUCUGAUCCUGUAUUUGAUCAUGUCUAUAAACCCCUCUAUUUCAGCCCUGCUCAGAACAGGCUGUUUCUGUGUCUGUACCUUUAAAUAUGUAAAUGAGCUGUGUCUGACCACGCCCCCUCUCUGGAAGGGCUCGGGUGUACUCGGUGCUUUCUCGCUCCAUGUCCUAUUGUUUACGGUGAGAAGGCAGACUCAGAGGGCAGAACAAACACCUAGCUGUGGGAGUGUCACCCACCUGGGGGAGGGGCUACUGCCCUUUGUGAUGUCAUGAAGGGAAAGUCUCCAAAC